GAUUGAGUGAAUUAAGCAUCCAACAGUCAAAUAAUGAGGGAGAGAGUGAUAGAGCAGAAGGGUGAAGAUAAGAAAGAGGUGUAAUCUGUAACGUAGAUGCCAGACCAUGGGUGAUGACGGAGCUCCUUAUUUGCGUCACAGAUGGGCCGAAACCCUGACGGCAGAGUGCAUUCGCGAAGGUGAUCCAGAUUUGGCCGGACAUGAAAUUGAAUGGAUGGUCAGGAUUAACCAGACGGACGAUUUAGAUACCAUUUUAAAAGCCUUGUGACGUGUCUCCUUAUGGCUGCUUGGAAGGAUUGGACGGGUAGGAUUCAAGGCUUCUGAGAAACACGGAGAAACCAGCCGCUGGGAGAAUCCGAGCCCUUCCGCAAGCUGCCGGCUCCAUCUUUGCCCUCCCCUUCGCAUCUCGUCUGGCUUCUUCUCCGUCAAGUCUAGCCUCGUCGUCCGGUGUCGUCCAUCUCCGUCUCCUCUGGGUUCGUCUCCCUUCCUUGCCUCAGUGCUUUGUCCGACUUCCUAGCAGUUCCUCCACAGGGCAGCCUCUGGCAUCCAUGGAUGCCACUGAUUUGACCCUUUAUCGAACCUCAUGUGUCUCUGAUUUGGCUUCGAAAUAUCUGGCUAGACCAGAUAGUCAAGUCCUUGUGAUGGUGGGUGCGGGAGCUAUGGCACCCCAUUUGAUUAGAGCCCAUCAUUCGGCCAUACCAAGUUUGAGGAAAGUAGUUAUCUGGAAUCAGACAGCGGAGAAGGUGAGAACAUUGGCCAAGAAAAUGCAAGAAAAUGAUGAUGGCAUACUUCAAGGUGUAGGUUUCGAGAGUAGUGCAUAUUUGGAUGAGAUCAUUGGACUUGGGGAUAUUGUGAGUUGUGCAACUAAUUCGGAGGUUGCUUUUGUGAAGGGUGAGAAGUUGAAGGUGGGAGCUCAUUUGGAUUUGGUAGGUUCAUUCAAGCAUUCGAUGAAGGAAUGUGACAAUGAGGCCAUUAAGAGAGGAAGAGUGUUUGUGGACAAUGAGGCUGCAGUGGUGGAAGCAGGAGAAUUGGUGGGUGCUUUUGAGAGGGGAGUGAUUAAGAAGGAAGAUAUUAUGGCAAAUUUGGUGGAGUUAGCUGCAGGAGACAAAGUUGGGAGAACAAAUUCUGAAGAAAUAACUGUAUUUAAGUCUGUAGGUUCUGCUCUUGUGGAUAUGCUUGCUGCACAAUUAGUGUAUGAGACUUACACAAGGGUAUCUAAGUGAUAUGACUAUGUAUCUAUUAGAGUCUAGUUUCUGCUGAUUAGUCUGGUGUAAUCCAUGAAUAAUUGUUGAAAGGCCAUUCAAGGAAGGGUUUUGAUGUCUGGUGCUGUAUCGUGUGAUUUGUAUUAUGAAUGUGGCUCACUUGGAGGCUGAAAAGUCUAUGUAUUAUGGCAUUGAACUUUUAUUGUUUACCUAUUAAAACAUCGUCAUCGCUCUAGCAUCAAGUAUUUGUACAAGUUUCUUGUUACGCGAUUGUGCUUGUAAAGUUCAGAGAACUCGGAUGGGUAUACCUGUCUAGAGCCUUGUUGAUUAGGACCAUACAAUCCAUGAAAUUAGUAUUACCAUCCA